UAUGCGUCAGUAGUUAGUUAAAUCCAAUGUCCAAAAACCAUGAAAAUCACUCAUCUGGAACAUAAAUCUGUCAUGGCGAAGUUACGGUGAUCAUCAUGUGGAAAAUAGAAAUUUUAGUCGUCUUCUCUGUGUUUUCUCUCAUUUGUGGGUUUAGACCACCUAACUCCACACUUGUAGAGGAAGCCAGAAGAAGGAUGACCAGGUUCAAAUGUGCUUGUACAGAUCACUAUUGUCCAGUAGGACAAAACUACUGUGAAUCUUCAAUUGAUGUUGGGUGUUUUGUAAUGGCUGACUAUUCCAACGAUGUUCUGAUAGUAAGACGAGGCUGUGGGUAUGAUGAGGAGAAACAGAUGAUGAACUGCCAGGGUCGUAGGGAUGACAAUUGGGGUUCACAGCAUGUUGCCAUGGAGUGCUGUAUAAAAGAAAUGUGUAACAAAGAUAUAAUACCACCUGUUGUACCUGUUCGACAUGAUAAACCAGUUGCCAAAGAAGAGCAGGUAUUUAACUACAUGGUUGUAUUAGCAAUAAUUGUUCCUGUGAUAGUACUAGUUCUCUCCCUUGCCAUAGCUUGGUAUUUCUUUAGAAGUCUGAGAAAGAAUCGGCAGGAAAGUCAGGAGAACUUACGGGUGAGAGAAGAACUUCUACCAGAGGAAUAUGGCAUCAGAGCUACGCAAGUUGGAGAUAGUACGCUAAAGGAAAUAUUGGACGACUCUUGUACAUCAGGCAGCGGAUCAGGAUUACCUUUCCUGGUACAGAGAACUAUUGCAAGACAAGUCACAUUAUUGGAAUGUAUAGGUAAAGGAAGAUAUGGUGAAGUGUGGCGUGGAAAUUAUUACGGAGAAAGUUUGGCAGUUAAGAUUUUUUCUUCGCGUGAUGAAGCCAGCUGGGCUCGAGAGACAGAAAUUUACAACACAUGUCUUCUACGACAUGACAAUAUUCUCGGAUAUUAUGCAUCUGACAUGACAAGUAGAAAUUCAUGUACACAAUUGUGGCUGAUUAUGCAGUACCAUGAACAUGGAUCAUUGUAUGAUUACCUUCAGAGAAAUGUGCUGAAUCAUGAGUCCAUGUUGCUAUUGGCAACAUCCGCGGCAGCAGGUCUUGUUCAUCUACAUACGGAAAUAGUCGGUAACCAAGGAAAACCUGCCAUUGCACAUAGAGACAUCAAAUCUAAAAAUAUUCUUGUUAAAUUAGACGGGACGUGUUGUAUUGGGGACUUAGGUCUAGCAGUGACUCAUUCGCAAGAGAACAAUAAAAUAGACCUUGGUCGUAAUAAUAAAGUUGGGACCAAACGUUACAUGGCCCCAGAACUUUUAGAUGAAACUUUAAAUGUGUAUUAUUUUGAUUCAUUUAAAUCAGUGGAUGUUUACGCAUUUGGUCUGGUUCUGUGGGAAAUAACCAGACGUUGUUACACAAAUGGAAUGAUAGAAGAUUAUAAACCUCCAUUCUGGGAUGUUGUACCUACUGAUCCUUCCUUUGAAGAUAUGAAAAAAGUUGUAGUCAUUGAUCAACAGAGACCAGCAAUUCCAAACAGAUGGAGUUAUGAUCCAACUUUAAAACAGAUGACGAUAUUAAUAAGAGAAUGUUGGGCACAGAAUCCAAAAUCUCGUUUAACAAUGUUACGUGUGAAAAAGACACUAAAUAGUAUUACACAAAGACCGAAAAAAGAAAAAUUAGAUGACUGUUCUGAUUGUAACCAUAAUUGAUGAUGAUGUUUUUACGAAUUCUUGUAUUUUCAAUACAGUUUUAAAAGACGGGAUAUAGUUUCUUAGUUGUUGUCCAGCGAAAUAGAAAGAUUAAUUUUUUUACGACCGCAAAAAUUAAAAAUUUUUUCGUCGUAUAUUGGUAUGACGUUGGCGUCGUCCGGCGUCGUCCAAAGACACAUUGGUUUUCGCACUCUAACUUUAGUUUAAGUGAAAGGAUCUCCAUGAAAUUUUACCAUAAGGUUCAAUACCACGAAAGGAAGGUUGGGAUUGAUUUUGGGGGUUAUGGUACCAACAGUUAAGGAAUUAGGGGCCAAAAAGGGGCCAAAAUAAGCAUUUUUGUAACUUCCAGACAAUAACUUGUGUGUAAGUGUAUUAAUCUCUCUGACAUAGUACCACAAGGUUCCAUAUCACAAAAGGAAGGCUGUAAUUGAUUUUGGGGGUAUAAUUGCCUCAA